AGCCGUGUUGGUGUAUGUUUUUCCUGUCUGAGGUGCUCUGUAUUAACUGCUGUAGUCUUUAUCCACUCAUUGUGUCAAUGAACAAGGAGAAGUCCUCUCGGUCAGUCAUCAAGUUCUGAACUGGACCAGUGCUGAAAUGUUGGAGCGGCCCCAGAGCCCCCCGGCUACACACACAGCACAUCAGCUCAUCUGAUCCUCAUUUUAUCUCAGACCGGUUUAUAGGACCAGAUUCCGCGCCGAAAUGCCCCCCCAAAGAGCCACAGCUGACUGCACCACUGGACAGCACUGACUGCAGCUAAAUGAGAGUCUAGGAUGGAAAUGUUGCUGAGGGGAAACCUGAGGAGAGGAGUGGCGCUCUGCCUUCUGCUGCUGGCUCUCGUACACGAGGCCACAGGCCAGAGGAGAAAGCCAGGACGCAAGAACAACUACAGGCUUCACGAUGAAGGAGGAAAUGGUGUACCGUGUUCACUAGAGGUGGCUUUCAUCCUGGACAGCUCGGAGAGUGCAAAAAUAUUUUUGUUUGAGAAGCAGAAGAGCUUCGUGUUGAGCUUCAGCACACGCCUCGCUAUGCUGCAGAUACCCGGCUGGACGCUUAGGGUGCAAAUGGCUGCACUUCAGUACAGCAGCUCUGUGUCCAUAGAGCAACGAUUCUCAGCCUGGAAAGACCUGGAUUCAUUCCACGGUCGAGUCAGCACCAUGAACUACAUCGGCCAUGGCACCUACACCACGUAUGCCAUCACCAACGCCUCACAGCUGCUGGUGCACGAGACACAGGCGGACAGUGUCAAGGUUGCAGUGCUGAUGACUGACGGGGUCGACCAUCCCCGCAACCCUGAUGUGAUUGCAGCUGCAGCUGAGGCCAAAGGUCACGGCAUAAAGUUCUUCGCUGUAGGUUUAUCAAACAUCGCCCAGCAGAGUCAGAAUCAAGCCAAGCUACGUGCGAUCGCCAGCACACCUGCUCAGCAGUUUGUCCAAAGUCUCCUCAAUCCUCAGCUGGAGGAGAAGCUGCUCAAAGAGAUGGGUGCAGUCGCAUCUGAAGGGUGUCCACGUGCUGAAGUAUGUUUGUGUGAAAGAGGAGAGAGAGGCCCUCCAGGAAGCCCAGGGAGAAAAGGGGAUCCAGGCUUUAGAGGGCCACCUGGUCUAAAAGGAGUGAGGGGAGAGCCUGGCGUGAACGGUCGACCUGGAACUGAUGGUCCGGAGGGCCGGCCAGGAUACAAGGGCAACAAGGGGGAGAGAGGAGACUGUGGCACCCCCGGUGAAAAGGGUGAAAUUGGACCUGAGGGACCUCUAGGCCAACGAGGAACAAAAGGAGAACAGGGUGCGUUAGGACCACCAGGAGACAUGGGUGCUGAGGGCCCAGCAGGACCUAAAGGAGACAGAGGACCUGACGGUGCUUCUGGACCACCAGGGGACACUGGCAUCGGGUUCCCAGGGGCCAAGGGUGAAAAGGGCAUUCAGGGAAGACCAGGUCUAGCAGGUCCUGCUGGGAUCGGAGAACCAGGACUACCAGGUCCCCCAGGAUCACCCGGUGCGCUAGGAAACCCCGGACCAGCUGGAGAGGGAUUUCCAGGGCCGAAGGGUGAUCGAGGAUACGACGGUCCCAGGGGCAAUCGUGGACUUCCUGGUCUUGGGAUCAAAGGUGACAGGGGCAACCAGGGGCCGCCUGGAAGUCCAGGUCCAAUUGGUGCUCCUGGUUUAGGACUUCAAGGAGAAAAGGGUGAUGUAGGCCUGGUUGGACCUGCAGGCCCCAGAGGGUUUCCAGGUGUUGGAAUAACAGGACCAAAGGGAAAUCAGGGACUGCUAGGUGAACCUGGACUGCCAGGUGAGAGAGGCGUUGGAGAACCAGGACCCAAAGGUGACAUGGGGUCAGAAGGGUUACCAGGUAUACCAGGUCUGACAGGAGAGGAUGGAGCCCCAGGACAAAAGGGUGAGAUUGGGUUACCAGGACCAAGGGGAGUUGACGGGGCCCCUGGUAAAGGCGCAUCUGGAGAGAGGGGAGACAAAGGGGAAAGGGGGACCAGAGGCCAGCCAGGUGCAGUCGGUCCUGUGGGGCCGAUAGGACCAAAGGGAGAACCAGGAAAUGUGGGAUCACCAGGAAGUGCUGGACCACCAGGCAGGGGUAUACCUGGUGCCAAGGGAGAUCCAGGUCCACAGGGUGCAGCCGGAGCUGUGGGCGAGCCGGGGGUCGGUUUUGCUGGAGCCAAAGGAGACAGAGGGCCACCAGGGCCGGCUGGGCCACCUGGACUGAAAGGUGAUGGCUAUCCCGGUCUUCCAGGACUUCCAGGGCCUCCAGGUCUGAUAGGAGAAUCCGGACCAGAUGGUGUCGGUUUACCUGGACCAAAGGGGGACAGAGGCUUGCCUGGACCUCCUGGGCCUAUUGGUCCACCAGGGAUUGGCAUAACUGGUGCCAAGGGUUCAAUUGGCCGAACAGGACCACCUGGUCCGCAGGGGUUACCUGGAGAGGGCAUCCAAGGACAAAAGGGGGACCCUGGAUUUCAGGGGAUCACCGGCCCCAGAGGCCCUCCUGGACAAGGUCUACAAGGGGAUAAGGGGGAUCGAGGGUUCAGAGGUGAAAAGGGCAAAAAGGGAGACAGAGGAGAAUCUGGAGAGCCAGGAACCACCGGACCUUUGGGUAGAACAGGACAAAAGGGAGAGCCUGGACUUACAAGGGAAGAAAUCAUCAAAAUUGUGAGAUCCAUCUGCAGUUGUGGUGUGGCAUGCCGCCAAACCCCCUUGGAGCUUGUUUUUGUGAUCGACAGCUCUGAGAGUGUUGGGCCCGACAACUUCAACGUGAUCAAAGACUUUGUAAACGCCCUGAUCGACCGAGCCUCGGUCAACCGGGACACCACGCGGGUUGGUGUGGUCCUUUACAGUCACAUCAACAUGGUGGUGGUCAGCCUCAGACAGGAAGCCAGCCGUGAUGAGAUCAAGUCUGCGGUGCGAUCCAUGACCUACCUGGGUGAGGGUACGUUCACGGGCAGCGCCAUCCAGCAGGCCAACCAGGUGUUCAAGUCAGCCCGGGCAGGUGUGAGGAAGGUGGCCAUCAUCAUCACAGACGGGCAGGCCGAUAAAAGAGACGAGGUCAGUCUGGAGAGUGCGGUGUCGGAAGCUCAAGGAAGUAACAUCGAGACGUUUGUAAUCGGGGUGGUGAAUGAGAGCGAUCCGCUGUACGAGGAGUUCAAGAAGGAGAUCAAUCUCAUGGCUUCUGACCCCGACAGCGACCAUGUGUACCUGAUCGAAGACUUCAAAACACUUCCAGCUCUGGAAAGAAAACUGCUGAGUCGUAUCUGUGAGGACGGAGAAAGACAUUUGUUCAGCUCCAUCCCGAGCUCCAGGCUGCCUCCAGGAAUCCCUGAGGACUCCAGUAACUUUCGAGAACCUCCGUACAGGACUGAUACCGAUACACCCACGUUCACGGGAGACUUCAGGAGAGUUCAGAUGGUGCCCGGCCCUCCAGCGUCACUCCCCGACAGAGAACUCGUCUCUCCACAUAGACCCAAGACCGACGACAGAUCCACCUCAGAAAUUCAUAGAUUUCCACACUUUGACAGGGAGCCUUUCAGACCCGUAACAGAGUUCCUCCCACAUUUCGACUGGAAGGACCCUACAAACCGUAUGGUGAUGACGGGAGCAUUCGGGCCAGAGCGUCCCACUCCACCUCAGGGCCUGCCUGAGGAGAGGACACAGAUGCCACCGACUCCUGCCCUGCUGCCUUCAGACUCCUUCAUAACAGCUGAGCGCUGCAGCCACCCCCUGGAUCCAGGACCUUGCCGGGACUACACAGUUAAGUGGUACUACGACGUCACAGCUAACUCCUGUGCUCAGUUCUGGUUCGGAGGCUGUCUAGGAAACAGAAACCAGUUCGAGACUGAGAAGAGCUGCAGAGACACCUGCGUCAAGGUCUAACAUGCUCGUAAAAAACAUUUUGACUUCAUGAAGUUCACUUCGACUUAAGUACCUUAGUGUUUUACUUAUAGCUAGACUGACAUUGGAUAGGGACAAUAAAAGCUCUUUAAUUGUUCGGUAGACUAUGUACUGUUUUUUUUUUUCCUGUUGGCCCGAGGGAUGUGUGUAUUAAUUGUUAAUCAGUGCAGAUAAAAUGAAAAAAAUCUGUGAUGUUACUUACACUGUGGAACAGUUCUAUUAAAAAUAAAACAAACUUUGUAACCACUAAUUUUUCUAUUCAGAUAAAGUAACCUCUUUGUAUCGUUCAAUGGUGUAUUUUUCUACUUCAUGUCUCACUUUUUUAUGUUUUUCAAUACUGUGAAAUGUCAUUAAAGUAAAAACAAAAACAAAUAAACUUUUUA